CCUGCUUGACACACAGCAGCGCUGAGUGCAGCCUGCCUCGCCAGGGUCGGACUGAAGCUCAAGAAACGACAAGGAGAAGCGAACAUCUGGCCGCACAUCAUGAAAGGACGUCCGGGCUUCUAGGAAAGAACACGACGAACCGGGAGGAAAUAAAUGUUAUGAAGGAAGAAUGGAGUUCCCAGACCAUAGCCGCCAGUUGCUGCAGUGUCUGAGUCAGCAGCGUCACCAAGGUUUCCUCUGUGACUGCACUGUUCUUGUCGGGGAGGCUCGAUUCAAAGCGCACAGAGCCGUGCUGGCCUCCUGCAGCAUGUACUUCCAUCUCUUCUACAGGGACCAGCUGGACAAAAGGGACGUUGUGCAUCUCAACAGUGACAUUGUGACAGCCCCGGCUUUCAGUCUGCUCCUUGAAUUUAUGUAUGAGGGGAAGUUGGAAUUCAGCUCUCUCCCGGUGGAGGAUGUCCUGGCAGCAGCCAGUUACCUCCACAUGUAUGAUAUAGUGAAAGUGUGUAAAGGAAAGCUGAAAGAUAAGGAACUCUCCCCUCUGGAUGAAAAGAUGAGUGAGAGUUUGGGACUCGGCUGUCUGGACAGGGAAAAUUCCUCUGAAGGCGAGCUGCACAGUAAGCAGCUUGUCCGGCGACAGACCCAGACACAGUCUCAGGGGCUUCACAGGGCCCCCCCGGCAGAGGAGUUUGACACGGACAACAGCGAAGUCAGGCUGGCUGUCACAGAUUGUGAUAGGUCUGCGCGGAGCAGGCAGAAGGCGAACGGUCACUCUGGCAGGUCCCUGGACCUUGUAGGUGUCAAUUAUUUGUCAGCAGAGGCCGAGGCCUGCGUCCAAACAGCUGGAAAAACAAAAGCUGAUGUCAGUAGUUCCACCGUAUCGCUGUCCCAGAGGUCCCGGGCUUCGGAUGACAUGGACUGCGCACUGGAUUUGUCUUUCAAGCCUCUGUCUAGCAGAGAUCCCUUACACCCCUCCUACGUCUCGGGACAGCUGGCCCUCGACAGCCAGCAGCAGGGCACUGAGCCACUUGUUAAAGAUGAACACGACUUGCUGUCAGAGCAGGAGGACAGUGAGCCGAUGAGCCCUGAGAGCCAGCGCUUUGGGAAUAGUGCCAGGAGCUCAGUGGUGACAGGGUUCGCUGCCCUCUUCCCAGGCAACAACGGCUCCACAGCCGCCCUGCUCUCCCAGGAGGAGGACCUGAUGGACGAGGAGGGGGAGGCCUGCAGAGGGAGGGAGGGCGCCCCGGGCAGGGAGGUAGAUGAGAGGAGGGGUAGGCUGCUGGGGGACAGCGAGGAGGAGGAGGAGGACGACUUGGCCUCCUCGGACAUCUCCACCUCCAGCGGGGUGCUGCUGCCCCCGGGCCAACAGGUGUGCGUGUGCCCCCUCUGCAGUAAAGUCUUCCCCAGCCCCCACGUGCUGCAACUGCACCUCAGCUCACACUUCCGCGAGAAGGACGGCGCUCGCUCCAAGCUGUCCCCCGACGGCUCGGUCCCCACCUGCAUGCAGUGCAACAAGACCUUCUCCUGCAUGUACACCCUUAAGCGCCACGAGCGCACGCACUCUGGCGAGAAGCCAUACACCUGUGGCCAGUGUGGCAAGAGCUUCCAGUACUCCCAUAACUUGAGUCGGCACGCCGUCGUUCACACACGUGAGAAGCCUCACGCUUGUAAGUGGUGCGAACGGCGCUUCACCCAGUCAGGGGACCUCUACCGCCACAUCAGGAAGUUUCACUGUGGCCUUGUCAAGACGCUCGCCAUUGGAUAAAAUGCCUCUCACCAGUGCCACGACAUGAGACAGAAUGUCUCUUCACACACUGAAUACUACUGAACACUUUCCACGUUAAUACACACAAGUUGGCAGUUUGUUGGAGACGCGUCUCUUUGGAUUCUACCCCAUGUGGCAUUUUCUCAAGUUAAAGUUGUAGCAACGUUAAAACUGGAGCUGUUCUCUGUGCUGGACUGUGUCACAGGCAUUUGUGAUGUUCAGAGGCAGAAAGUUGAAGGAGGAUAAACAUGGGUGCUGUGAAACCCAAGCUGGAUCUGUGUAGACGAAGGUGAACAAAUCAUAUGAUGCACUUGUUUGUUUCUGUCUUGUUUGUGUCAACCUGUUGAGUUUAUUUGAAGAGUUUAUUUGCUGAAAGAAAAAAAGCAUCCCAUGUUCAUACCCAAUGGGCAAAUGGGUGAUAGCUAAUGCUAACACAUGUUAAUACAAUCGUAAGAUGUGAGUGAGACUUUUUAUUUGUGCACAUGGGAGAUCAGAACCGUCCGUAAGUAGCAAUAUAUGAUUUUUUAACUCCUACAUUAUUAUUAUUAUUAUUAUUAUUAUUAUUAUUGUUAUUAUUAUUUAUUUUUAGGUAUUUGUCUAGUCCUUAACAAGUAAACUAUCAAAAGGCAGCAAAACUAAUGAAGUUUGACUACUGGAAGUAUAACUAUUUUCUUUCAUGGAAGUAUCAUUUUUGUUUGGUUGAAAUGAAGUUGGGUACAGUUUUAUGUUUAUAACAAGUGACAAGCAGACCAUCCUAUCACCUUAUUCUUUUUUUUUUUU